AUGCUUCGCUGGCUGCGGGGCUUCGUGCUGCCCGCGGCGGCCUGUCAGAGUGAGGAUGAUUACUUCCGCUACCAGAUCCUCUUCGAAGACUUGGACCGCAACGGGGACGGCGUGGUGGAUAUCAAGGAGCUCAAGGAGGGGCUGGAAUACUGGAGCUCCUCCUUUGGCAAGGACUCGGAGAAGGAUAUUCUUAAGGCAGGAGAUGCCAAUCAGGAUUCAGGAUUGGACUUUGGAGAAUUUGUGCGGUACCUUGAAGACCAUGAGAAAAAAAUGAAGCUGGCAUUUAAGAGUCUGGACAAAAAUAAUGAUGGAGUAAUAGAGGUUUCAGAUAUAAUUGCUGCGGUGAAAUCACUGGGUAUACAUAUUUCUGAAGUUCAGGCAAAAGAGAUCCUGAAAAGCAUUGAUACUGAUGGAACAAUGACAGUAGACUGGGAUGAAUGGAGAGACUACUUUUUACUGCAUCCUGCAAAAAAUAUCAAUGAGAUUAUUCAUUUCUGGAAGCGUUCUACUCUAAUUGAUAUAGGAGAGAGUAUAGCAAUUCCAGAUGAAUUUUCUGAACAAGAAAGGCAGUCUGGAGAUUGGUGGAAACAAUUGGUGGCAGCAGGAAUAGCUAGUGCAGUGGCACGAACAUUCACAGCUCCUUUUGACCGCUUGAAAGUCAUGAUGCAGGUUCAUAGUUUAAAGACAAGAAGAAUGAGGUUGAUGAGUGUGUUUGAGCAGAUGGUAAACGAAGGAGGAAUUUUUUCUCUUUGGCGAGGAAAUGGUACAAAUAUUAUCAAAAUUGCACCAGAGACGGCACUCAAGAUUGGGGCCUAUGAACAGUUUAAGAAAUGGCUUAGUUUUGAUGGUUCUAAAACAGGAAUUUUUGAAAGAUUUAUAGCUGGUUCAUUGGCUGGAGCAACUGCCCAGACCUGUAUUUACCCCAUGGAGUUAAAAGGAUAUUUAUUAUUCUCUCUCUGCCAGUUUUUGAAGAAUCAUUGGCUGAAGCACUAUGCAGAAGACUCUGUAAACCCUGGGGUAAUAAUUUUGCUGGCCUGUAGUACAUUGUCUCACACUUGUGGUCAGUUAGUCAGCUUCCCUCUGUAUCUCAUUAGAACUCGCAUGCAGGCUGACGCUCUGGUGGAACAAGAAAGAACACCUAUGAUUCAGCUCAUCCAAGAAAUAUAUAAGAAAGAAGGAAAAAGAGGAUUUUACAGGGGUAUCACCCCUAACAUCAUAAAGUUGCUUCCUGCAGUAGGCAUCGGCUGUAUCGCUUAUGAAAAAACGAAACCAAUUUUGGGAUUAACCUAG